CGAUUGGUCGAGCCUGAACCAGCAUGGCGGCGCCCAUGUAAUCUGGUCCGACUGCGAAGGGGACGGCGGCGGUGUCGCAGGCCCCGCAGGGGUCAGAAGUCAUCAUGCUGAGGGCCGCGUGGAGGGUGCUGAGUUCGAUUCGGCCCCAAGCAGUAACCCAGGCCCCGGUCCUGGGGCUUCCGGGAGGAGGGAGCUCCAGGCUUUCUCCCAACCAGUGGGGCCUGCAGCCUCGAAGUCUCCUCCAGGCCACUCGCGGAUAUGCCGUCCAGAAACCAGUCGGGCCCAGCCAAGACAAUGGCCUGCCCCCUUCCACGCUGCUCAAAGACUACCAGAACGUCCCUGGAAUUGAGAAAGUUGAUGAUGUCGUGAAAAGACUCUUGUCUCUGGAAAUGGCCAACCAGAAAGAAAAGCUAAAAAUCCAGCAAGAACAGCUGAUGAACAAGGUGGUGGCAAACCCUGAGGACACCAGCUCCCUGGAGGCUCGAAUUGUUGCCUUGACUGUCAAGAUCCGCAAUUAUGAAAAACACAUGCAGAAACACCGAAAGGACAAAGCCCACAAACGCUACCUGCUGAUGAGCAUUGACCAGAGGAAAAAGAUGCUCAAAAACCUCCGGAAUACCAACUACGAUGUCUUCGAGAAGACAUGCAGGGAACUGGGGAUAGAGUACACCUUCCCCCCGCUGUACUACCGGACAGCCCACCGCCGCUUUGUGACCAAGAAGGCUCUGUGCAUUCAGGUUUUCCAGGAGGCUCAGAAGCUGAAGAAGCAACAAAGAGCCUUAAAAGCUGCAGCCGCAGCAGCCCCAAAGCAAACUAGAGGAAUCCAAAGCUCUUCCAAAGCCCAACCACAGCACUCAAACCAAUAAAUUGUUAAAAUGUUUU